AUGGAGUUCGCCGCAAGCUGCUUUUCUCUCGUUUUAUUACAAUCUUGGGUGAGUUUUUCGGAUGUUUCGAUACCAAAAUUUGCUAACGCUGAAAGAUUCAUUCUGAUCAAUCCUUCCACACUGCUCAUAGCGGAAACUGAAUUGCAGACGAUGGUCGACAGAUAUGCAUCAGGAAAACCAUGGCAUCAACGGCUUCUCAACGGUCCUGUAAUGGUCACCGAGGCUUCUCGUGAUUUGAUCCAGUUGUUUGUCUCGCUGGUGGAUUCUGGGAUACCGAGUCUCCUCCCCACGAUGACAUCGCCAUUAGCGGCAGUCUGUGCUAUAGCGAUAUGGAUCUUACGGCAGAGGACUUCUCUUUUGGCUCGGGCUGAUUUUGAACUCAUGAGAGCGGGCAUACAGAUUACAAAACAGCACUAUCAUCGGCAUGGAACCGCUAACAACAUCGAGAUCUUGCUUGACUUGGAACGCUACACUUUACAAUGUCUAGAAGGCUCAUCAACCACCCAAGUGGAAGAGCCGGGUGAGGCCCUUGGAUUCUCACUGACUGAGCAUGUCGCUGCUGAUUUCGCAGCGUCUCUAGGUCUAGACCAAAGCUGGGGACCAUCAGCUCUUGACUGGGCUGGAUGGGAUUGGAAUAAUCUAAGUCAUCUGUUUCAAUAUUGCGAGGGAUCAUGA